AAACACAUGCUGACUUCGGAUCAGUGAAAUGCAUGCUCAGUUAAUGCCGUUGCCUGUGCUUUUGUUCUACAAACUGGUCCUGGAUCAGUUACUCUUCAGAAGACCAAUUCUUCACCCGGAAAUGUAUCUCGACGUUCAUUUCGAAGCAGACAGCUGUAGCUGUAACCAACCUCAGCUGAAAAUUUGUCAACAAUAGUUUAAUUUGACCAAACGAAUUGAAGCGUUACCUAGUGUAAGUGACCUUUACCGAAUAUAAUUCGGCCUUUGGGUAUUUUUCAAGCUGCCAUCAUUAGCAUUUUAGAACAUUGUCAAAAUGAAUGUGACACUUGCUGUCAAGCAGUAUAUCUCCAAAAUGAUAGAAAACAGCGGACCAGGAAUGAAGGUUCUGCUCAUGGAUAAAGAGACGACCAGCAUCGUCAGUAUGGUCUACACUCAAUCUGAGAUCCUACAGAAGGAGGUCUACCUGUUCGAAAGAAUCGACUCACAGAAUCGAGAGAACAUGAAGCACCUCAAAGCCAUCUGCUUCCUCAGGCCAACCAAGGAGAAUGUGGAAAAUCUGAUACAGGAGCUCCGGCGACCCAAGUACAGUGUCUACUUCAUCUACUUCAGCAACGUCAUCAGUAAGAGUGAGAUAAAAGCCCUGGCCGAGGCGGAUGAACAGGAGGUGGUCGCAGAAGUGCAGGAGUUCUAUGGAGACUUCAUUGCUGUGAACCCACACCUUUUCUCCCUCAACCUCAGUGGUGUGGCAAAGGGUCGUAGCUGGGAGCCGACUCUCUUGCCACGUACCACCCAGGGUCUGACCUCGGUGCUGCUGGCCCUGAAGAAAUGUCCCAUGAUCCGCUACCAGCUGUCCUCAGACAUGGCCAAGCGACUGGGAGAGAGCGUGAAGCAAAUCAUCACCAAGGAGUAUGAGCUGUUUGACUUCAGGAAGACAGAGGUGCCUCCUCUCCUGCUCAUCUUGGACCGCAGCGAUGACGCCAUCACCCCACUACUCAACCAGUGGACGUACCAGGCCAUGGUGCACGAGCUGCUUGGCCUCAACAACAACCGCAUUGACCUGUCCCGAGUCCCAGGGAUCAGCAAGGACCUGAAGGAGGUGGUGCUGUCUGCAGAGAACGAUGAGUUCUAUGCCAAUAAUCUAUACCUGAACUUUGGAGAGAUCGGCACAAACAUCAAGAACCUGAUGGAGGACUUUCAGAAGAAGAAGCCCAAGGAGCAACAGAAGCUGGAGUCCAUCUCUGAUAUGAAGGCGUUUGUGGACAACUACCCCCAGUUCAAAAAGAUGUCGGGCACAGUGUCGAAGCACGUGACUGUGGUGGGCGAGCUGUCUCGCCUGGUGAGCGAGAGGCACCUGAUGGAGGUGUCAGAGGUGGAGCAGGAGCUGGCCUGCCAGAAUGACCACUCAAGUGCAUCACAGAACGUGCGUCGGCUGCUGCAGAACCCGCGGGUGAGCGAGCUGGACGCGGUGCGCCUGGUGAUGCUGUACGCACUGCGCUACGAGAGACACAGCAGCAGCAUCCUGCCGGGCCUCAUGGAGGAGCUCAACAGGAAGGGCGUGUCAGAGAGGCAUCGCAGGAUGGUAACGUCCAUGGUGGAGUAUGGAGGGAAGAGGGUGAGAGGAAGUGACCUCAUCAACCCCCAAGAUGCAGUCGCCAUCACCAAACAGUUCUUCAAGGGGCUGAAGGGAGUUGAGAAUGUGUACACGCAGCAUGCACCGUUACUGCAGGAGACCUUGGACCAGCUGAUCAAGGGGCGGCUGAAGGACAGUCAGUUCCCCUACUUAGGACCCAGCUCCCUUAGAGACAGGCCGCAGGAUAUCAUAGUCUUCGUCAUCGGAGGGGCCACCUAUGAGGAGGCGCUAGCAAUCUACAACCUGAACCGCAGCAUGCCUGGGGUUCGGAUCGUACUGGGCGGCACCACCAUCCACAACACCAAGAGCUUCCUGGAGGAAGUGACAUUGACGGCAGGUGCAGGCCAGGCCGAGAGGGUGCAGAGGGCGGGUGGUCAUCCCAACAGACGCUGAAUGUCACACACACACACCACAGACUCUCACUAUACCUUGUGUCCGUUCCUUAUUGGUAUCAGUAGCACAUGCUUUAAUUCAUGGAUGCGUCCCUAAAAACAUUCCGGUGCUCUCAGCUGUCACCACCACACAGCUGGACUCUUUAUCGACCCCUUAAAAACUUGUUGUAACUGGGUCAAUUGACUCCAUACAAAUGAAUAUGUAACCCAAUUAGACAGCCAGGUUACCUAACCCUGGGCACCAAAGCAAUCUGUUCCCCACUUAACUAGGUUACCCAGUGAUUGAUUUGUGACUGAACGGAGCACAACACUCUCAAUGUUAGUGUCCAACAUUUGAACCUAUUGCAACGUCACAUUUCCCCUUAAAUUGAAUUAAGUGGAAAACUCCAGUCUGCUCUUAUAUUAGACCCUUAUUUAAUUCCUGAAAACAGAGGUGGCACAAAGACUUUUGAGUCUUGUUUAUCUUAAAAGUUAAUAUAUGGUCCCAAAAAUGCAAAACAUUUCUCUCUAAGAUUACAUUAUGUACAGUGUAUGUUUUUCUUCCUUGCCUAUGUACAUUUCCCAUUGCUAUAUACAUGUCGUCCAAACCUACUGAAUUUGAAAUGACUGAAUAUUUUAAGGAAAAUACCAAUAAAGAGUGAAAUGUUUUGUGUCCCUCGUUUAUCUUUGGGAUUGUAUACAUGUCCUGUUAUGGGGUAAUCGAUUUUCUUUCCCAUCACCCAUUUCUUGUGGCAGUUGAUUGUGGCACUGUUUUGAUUUCAUUCAUGUGUAGUGUUAUUGUGCACAACUUUCCCCCUUAGAUCAAUAAUGAUAACAUAAUCCUGUUCCCCCAUCCAAUUCCAUUAUGCUAAGUCACACUCUGAAUAUCUUUGACAAAUGCCCCUCUGUUGUACUUUUCAUUUGUACGGUAUUUCCUGCACCAUGUUUCCGCUAUAACAUGAAAGUACAGUUUGUAAACUUUAUCUACUGUU